AUGAAGGUUCUCGGAACCUUGCUUUCUGCUGUGAUUCUGGAGCUGCCAUGCCACGUCAGCAGAUACUCGCUGGGCUACGGGCGCACCAAUCUGCUCUUUUCUCCCGCUUCAGACGGCCUGGUCCCCUUCGCCAUGACUGAUUGUUCCCUCGCCCGCCCCCACGCCUUCUCCCUUCUCGCCCACGUGCGCCAAGCCUUCCUCUCCUGCUUGCUACCCCACCCCUCUCUGGACCUCCCUCUGCCCGUCUUUGAUUGGCUGCCGAGCCUGGAGUACGACCAAGGUUCGGCACAGGCCCGGGUACAAGAGCAGCCGCCGGGCCAAGACCAGAGCUCAGGAUUGGAACGAGAGGGCACCCACGAGCCGCUGCAAGGCGAGGGACGAAUCUCCGGAUUGGAUGGAGCGUCGGCUACGGAUGCUGCUCAAGAAGGCUCGGCCGAGGCGGAUUUUGUGUCGACUCAAAACUCGGCUCAAGAGUGCUCAGCCGAGGCACAAGAGCUGUUGCAAGGCGAGGGACGAAUCUCCGGAUUGGAUGGAGCGUCUGCUCCGGAUGCUGCUCAAGAAGGCUCGGCCGAGGCACAAGAGGUGCUGCAGGAUCGAGAUAAGAUUUCCACUUUUGAGAUGUCUCAAAAGUCUUCUGAAGCAGCUCAAGAAGGCUCGGCUGAGACACAAGAGGUGAUGCAGGAUGAAGGGCGAACCUCUGGGGUGGAUGGAGACGCAUCUGGCUCGGAUGCUGCUCAAGAAGGCUUGGCCGAGGCACAAGAGGUGAUGCAGGACCGAGCUGAGAUUUCCACUUUUGAGAUGUCUCAAAAGUCUUCUGAAGCUGCUCAAGACGCGUCUGGCUCGGAUGCUGCUCAAGAAGUCUUGGCCGAGGCACAAGAGGUGAUGCAGGACCAAGCUGAGAUUUCCACUGCAGGUGCGCCAGGCACUGGUGUGGAUGUUACCAGUGCAGCAGUUACCAGUGCAGCCGUUAACAGUGCAGCAGUCAACAGUGCAGCAGUCAACAGUGAAACAGUUAGCACUGUAGCCAUUGCCAGUGCAUCUGUCAUGAGUGUAGACGUUACAGAUGCAGCAGCGGUUACCAGUGUAGCUGCUACGAUUGUAGGUGUUGCAGAUACAGCAGUUAGUGCAGCUGCUAUGGCCGAACCAAUCACAGAGGAGCAGCAAGAGAGCCGAAAAGUUAGUGACAGUCAGCAGGCAAGGGAACAGGCUGUGGAACCCAAUUUUGCAUCUCAGCCGUUCCUCAGGCCCAUCCAACGGUCGAGAUCAUCCUGCCACUCCGCCGCCCUAUACCAGGAGCUACUGGGGCCGCAUUUAGAGUACCUAGUGUGGGUUGUUCGGGGCAAGCUCCUGCCUAAACCGCGUAUGGACCUCUAUCCAGACGCGCCGCACGCGUACCUUCUAACGAAGCGGCUUAUAACGAAUCCUGCGCUGGCAGACACGCAGGCAGGCGAGGGGGGAGCAGGAGGGGGCGGGGAUUCGGAUAGGGAUGCCGAUGGGUCGGGGGCAGCAGUGGGGAUGAGUAUAAGUACCGGAAAGAAGGCGCUAAGUGCGAGAGAGAGUCUUAUGAGUGAGGUUUCUGACGCGUUAAGGGAUGUGGAGGAUGGGGAUUUGGGGGAAGCGCUGGUGGGGAGGAGGAGGGCGAGAGGUCAGCCGCCGCAGGUGAGGCGGCGUCGGAGCAAAUCGGUCGGCGAGGAUCUGCUGUUUUGGAGAGAGACGGACGGUGGAGAUUCGUCCGUGGGGGAGAACAGGACUAGCGGUUCAGCAUAUUCCCUCGGCGGUGGCAGUGGCGGUGGUGGUGGUGGCGCCUGUAACGGCAGCAGGGGAGGGGAUGGGAGAGUUGGUAGGUGUAGCAGCGGGAGUGGGAGUGGGGAGGCGGAUUCAGUAGGGAGUGAGGACGAGGACCUGUGGUGCGACUUUCCUCCCUCCAAUUCAGGCCUCAUGUAUGGCUUGGGAAGCCCUGUGGUCUCUACCAGGUCUCGGGCGUUUUCCCGAGCGGCAGGGGAUGUGUUUUCUAAGAGUGUGGUGAUGAGUGGAGCGAUGGGGAUGGGGAUGGGCAUGGGGAUGGGCAUGGGGAUAGGCAUGCAUGCUGGGAGGCCUUCGGCACAGCGGCUGAAGCUGCUGCAGUUGUCGCCGCCAUCUCUUGCUGUCUCUGCUGCGGCAGCUGGUGGUGGUGGGGGAGCAGGAGGGGCGGCCGCGGGGGCAGGGAACGCAGGGGGGGGUUGGGCAGGUGGGGGAUUGCAACAGAUGCAGCAGCAUCAACACUACCAGCAGCAUCAGCAACAGCAGCAGCAGCAGCAUCAUCAGCAGCAACACCAGCAGCAGCAGCAGCAGCACGGUUUUCCUCACUCACAGGGCCAGGGUCUAGCCCCCCUAGGCCGUCCUGGUGGUCCCACCUGCUCUCCUUCCAAUGCUGCUAGCUCUGUCACUCCUCUCUCCUCCUUCCUGUCGCCGUCCCCCUCUUCCUCUCUCCCGCGCUGCCACCCCUCGGCACUAACCGUGGCACCAGCUUGGGGUCAAGCGGCAGUGGCAGGACCGAUGGUGUCAACAGUAGCAUCAGGAGACACGGUUUCAGCUGCGAAUCCCACAGUAGGCUUGGCAGGAGGCUUGGCAGGAGGCUUGGCAGGAGGCUUGGCAGGACGCUCGGCAGGAGGCUUAGCAGGUGGUGCUGCAGGCUUCUCUACACGCCCUAUCGUCUUUGAGAAUGAGAUCAGCAUACCCGAGCUUUCUGCACAUGCCAGCUCAGCAGGAGCUGAGGGACCAGCGAGAAAACCAGCCACAGAUGCUGCAGCUGUUGCUGCCACUUCGGCUACUAAUCUUGGUGAUUUUGGCGGCAGCAAUUUUGGCGGCAGUGAUUUAUUAGGUGCAUCUCCAGGCAGGUAG